AUGUCAGAUUUCAACUCAACCAAGGUUACCAACCCCUCCACCUUCAUCCUGCAGGGCAUUCCGGGCUUCGAGACAGCUGAUGUCUGGAUCACCAUCCCCUUCUGCACCAUGUACAUUAUAACCCUCUUUGGGAACUUCACCAUCCUGUGUAUCGUGAAGAUGGAGUUGAGCCUCCAUGGGCCCAUGUACUAUUUCAUCUGCAUGCUGGCCAUGACUGACCUGGGUCUGUCUACAUCCAUCCUGCCCAAAGCACUGAGCAUCUUCUGGUUCAAUUCCAGGGAGAUUGAUUUCAAUGCCUGCCUCACCCAGAUGUUCUUCAUUCACUGCUUCAUAACAAUAGAGUCUGGGAUCCUCGUGGCCAUGGCUGUGGAUCGCUACGUGGCCAUCUGCCAUCCCCUGAGACAUUCCACCAUCUUGACAAACGCUACAGUAACCAAAAUUGCCCUGGCCGUGGUGCUGCGUGGUGCCUUGAUCACAUUGCCCUAUGUCCUCCUGGCGAAACAGUGGUCAUACUGCAGAACUAACAUAGUCCCCCACCUAUACUGUGUUCACUUCCCAGUGGUGGGAUUGGCAUGCGGUGACACCCGAGCCAGUAGUCACUAUGGCUUAUUUGUGCUAUUCUGUCUGAAGGGUCUGGAUGUGUUGUUUAUUGUUGUGUCCUAUAUUCAGAUCCUCAGGGCCAUCUUCAGCCUCCCCACAAAGGACGCACGGCUCAAAACUUUUGGGACCUGCACCUCCCACCUCUGUUCCAUUUUAGUGUUUCACAUCCCAGGUAUCUACUUCUCCCUCUCGGGACGAUUUGAGAAGAAGCCUCACCCUGUACAAGUUCUUAUUGCCAACAUGUACUACGUGAUGCCCCCCUCGCUAAACCCCAUCAUCUAUGGUGUGAGGACCAAACAGAUCCGGAACCGGAUGCUGCAUUUCUUUGUUCACAAAGGCUCCUAA